ACCCAAACGCACAACCAACCGGAUUAGGUGAAACCCGAUUCCAUUAUCCAUUGAAGACCCAAAUCGAUCGCUUUGUUCAGGGAGAGAGAGAGAUGUGGGAAUCGAUCUGCUUGACGUUGGCGGCGACCGCUGGUAAUAACAUCGGCAAGGUCCUCCAGAAAAAGGGCACCAUCAUUCUUCCUCCUCUCUCUUUCAAGCUCAAGGUGAUAAGAGCAUAUGCUUUCAACAAAUCUUGGUUGAUUGGCUUUCUAAUGGAUAUAUUUGGGGCAAUUUUGAUGCUGAGGGCGCUAUCUCAAGCUCCUGUAUCCGUUAUCCAGCCAGUUUCUGGCUGCGGACUUGCUAUUCUUUCUAUCUUUUCGCACUUUUAUCUGAAGGAAGUCAUGAAUCCUAUUGAUUGGAUGGGGAUUACUUUGGCCGGAAUUGGUACAAUAGGAGUUGGCGCUGGAGGUGAGGAGCAAGAGGCUACUGCCAUAUCUAUUCUUCAUUUACCGUGGCUGGCAUUCAUUGCUGCCAUCUUGUUUGUACUUCUCAAUGGAUGGCUUCGUAUGUACAAACGCCAACGAAGAGAACAGGAGAUGAUGGAGUAUGAAGUUGUUGAAGAAAUUAUAUAUGGCUUGGAAUCCGGCAUUUUGUUUGGGAUGGCAUCUGUGAUAUCAAAGAUGGGAUUUGUAUUUUUGGAGCAGGGCUUCCACAGGAUGCUGGUACCUAUAUGCAUUUCAAUCAGUGUAUCUUGUAGUGGUACAGGAUUUUAUUAUCAGACUCGCGGUCUAAAACAUGGAAGAGCAAUUGUAGUAUCCACAUGUGCUGCUGUGGCAUCAAUUGUUACUGGUGUACUUGCUGGCAUGCUUGCGUUAGGUGAACGAUUACCUACAGCACCAACUGCUCGGGUUUCACUUCUGCUUGGAUGGUUACUUAUUAUUAUAGGCGUGAUUUUACUAGUGAGUUCAACACGGUUGCUGAGACACCUUCCACGGCCAUUACAACAUUUUAUACAAAGUGGUGUUGGCAGGAAUUUCAGCCUUAGACGUUCUGGAUCUGUUCGUGUUAGGGAUACAAACCCAAGUGCUGUUAUCCAGGCAGCCACAUUGCAUCAUUUGAUAUCAUCUUCUCCCAAAGAGAAGGCUUGAAUUGACAAUAGUGAGAGGAUUUUUGCGUAUGUGUCCAUGUUAAGAUUCUUGUUGAUGGGGGUUGUAGAUGACAAGAAGUAUCUCCAUGACUCAGAUCUUGAUUGAGGUUGGGUUGAUUAAUACGGUCCUGCUUACUGGUCUUAAGAGGGCGUGGAGCUUUUUAGGUCAUUCCUUCUAUAAGACAUGCUUUGCUUGAUUUGUUCUGUAAUCUUUGUAGUUUGAAACUCUUGGCUACAUUCCAUUCAGUCAAUUUUUUUUUUUUUUUUUUUUUUGGUAUACUUAGGAUGGUGAUCUUAGUUACUGUAUAGAAUGGUUAAAGGGCUUUGGUUGUAUGUAAAUGACUCUCAGAAUGACUUUCUGCGUU